AAAUCGCAUACGGUUUUCACCAAUUUAAACUAAAAGCGCUGUUUUAGCGGAGCGCUUUUUAAGGCCUCGAAUACGAACAAUCGGUAAAGGACAGGUAUUUCCGUUAAUACUGAAACAUGAGGCAGCAUCUCAAACCUUCCUUCAAUUCCACGAAAAAUCUUUUUCCCUUUUCCCCAAAAUUAAAAUUAAAUAAAUAAAUCACAUAAACUCAGUUGAGAAAUCCCAAAUCUGAAAUCUCACUCCAACUGAGAACACAAAUUUCAAGUAAUUCAAAUUUUUCUUUUUUUUCUCUCACACAAAAAAUGGCCACCCAAUUUCACACACUCUGGAGCUCACGCGCCGCCGCGCCGCUCAUCCACCGCCGCCAAUUGAAGAGCCCAUUCCCCCAUUUCAGUAAAGAGACGCGAUUCCUCUCCAAACAGCUCCUGAGGAAUUACAAUUGCAACGUUCCCGUAAGAAUUUCGAGAAUCAGCGCCGCCGCCGCCGGCGAUGGGGGCCGGGACUCGUACUUGGAUAUGUGGCAGAACGCGGUGGAUCGCGAGAAGAAGUCUGUCGAUUUCGAAAGGAUGGCGGAGAACCCCGUAGAAUCCGGCGGAAAGGAGGAGAGCGACGAGGAAUUGGAGCGGAGGAAUCGCGAAUUCCAGAACCUUCUACAGGUUCCUCCCGAGGAAAGAGAUAGGGUUCAACGAAUGCAGGUCAUCGAUCGAGCUGCGGCGGCGAUUGCAGCUGCGAGAGCGUUGGUGAAGGAGAAUUCUCAGCCGGGGGUGGAGGUUUCCGGCGAAGGGACGGCUAAAACUGGCGGCGGAAAGAUUGACGAUCAACGAGAGGGUAGCUCGGGUGUAGGAACACCGGGUCCAAGUUUCUGGACGUGGACCCCACCACCAAGCGAAGAUAUUUUCGUCGAAAACAAAAUGAAGCCAGCUGCACAAAUUUCUCCACCUGCACCACAAGUGCUCGAACAAGAUCGAAGUUUAGAUAUUCUAUCGAUCCCGUUCGAAACAUCAACUCUUCAAAAGACGAACAAGAUUUCCCUUCCUCCACUUCAGUCCCUUUUGAAUGUAGAGGAAGAACACGAAAACGAGCUUGGAGUUCAGUUUUCGGCACAUGCAGCUGAAGCGGCCGAUGCACUGAGUGAAAUGACCGAAACGCCCUUGUGGGGAGUGAAUCCCGAUGGGUCGAGGUGGUGGAAAGAGACUGGGGUUGAAAGAAGGUCCGAUGGGGUUGUUUGUAAAUGGACUUUGACGAGGGGCGUAAGUGCAGACGAAGCUACUGAGUGGGAAAACAAAUAUUGGGAAGCUGCAGAUGAGUUUGGGUAUAAAGAACUCGGUUCGGAGAAAUCCGGGCGUGAUUCUUUGGGGAGUGUUUGGCGUGAGUAUUGGAGAGAAUCCAUGAUGCAGAUUGAGGGGCUUGUGCAUUUUGAGAAAACGGCGGACAAGUGGGGAAAAAAUCUGCAAGGGGAUGAGUGGCACGAGAAGUGGUGGGAGCAUUACGAUGCUUCGGGCCGGGCCGAUAAGUGGGCCCACAAGUGGUGCAGUAUCGAUCCGGAGACUCCUUUAGAGGAUGGCCAUGCUCACAUUUGGCACGAGAGGUGGGGUGAGAAGUACGACGGGCACGGGGGGAGCACAAAGUACACGGACAAAUGGGCGGAGCGCUUCGAGGGCGAUGGAUGGUCCAAAUGGGGCGAUAAAUGGGACGAGAAUUUCGAUCCAAACGGGCUUGGUGUGAAGCAAGGGGAGAAAUGGUGGGAAGGGAAAAAUGGGGCCCGUUGGAACCGGACAUGGGGCGAGGGCCACAACGGGUCGGGUUGGAUCCACAAGUACGGAAAAAGCAGCUGCGGUGAGCAUUGGGAUACUCAUGUUGAACAAGAGACUUGGUAUGAGAGGUUCCCACAUUUCGGUUUCUACCAUUGCUUUGAGAACUCGGUUCAACUACGUGAAGUCGAAAAACCAUCCGAAUAAUCGCAUACAUGUAUAGUAGUGUAUGUAUGAAUUGGAAGUUUGAUAUAAGUAUUUGAGUAAGAAUAGGUGGUGUUUGGCUUCUUUGACGUUGGAGAAAUAAAAUCCUUUUGUUUUCUAUUA